CACUGCAAGGCAAAACCACUAGUCCCGCACCACUUGUUCGCCAUGUCCCCCUUCAGAGAUCCAAAAGCUUUUGCAGACCCCGAGGAUUCUGCUCUUGUCGCUGAAGCCAAGAAGCAGAUUCACGAACCUUUUACCUACAACUACACUGAGCGCGACGUUAUCCUGUACAACCUCGGUAUUGGAGCGACUGCGCAAGAACUUCAGUGGACCUUCGAGGGCGACGACUCGUUCUCCGCCUUGCCUACGUUUGGUGUUAUUCCCCAAUUCCCUUGCAGCACUGGUAUUCCGCUCGACUGGCUGCCCAAUUACAAUCCCGCUAAACUCCUCCAUGGCGAACAAUACUUGAACAUCAAGGCGCCCAUUCCGACUGGCGGUGCCCUCGUGAGCGAAGCCAGGCUUUUGGAGGUCCUUGACAAGGGAAAGGCUGCUGCAGUCACCAUCAUCGUUGAGACCAAGGAUGCUUCUUCCGGAGAGGUUAUCUUUGAGAACCAAUCAACCGUGUUCAUUCGCGGUGCUGGAGGCUUCGGAGGAAAACGAACUGGGAGCGACAGGGGAGCAGCUUCAGCGGUUAACAAUCCACCUAAACGCCAGCCCGAUGUUGUGACAGAGGAGGCUACCAAUCCCUCUCAAGCCGCUCUCUACCGAUUGAGUGGAGACUACAAUCCCCUUCAUAUCUUGCCAGACUUUGCUGCCAUCGGUGGCUUUGACAAACCCAUCCUUCAUGGUCUCUGUUCCAUGGGCAUUGCUGGGAAACAUGUCCUGAAGGCAUUCGGCCCUUACAAGGACAUCAAAGUUCGGUUUGCUGGCGUGGUGUACCCAGGGGAGACUAUCGUUACCGAGAUGUGGAAGGAGGGCAACAAGGUUAUCUUCCGCGCCAAGGUGAAGGAGCGCGACUCCGUUGCCCUGGCCGCAUCAGCCGUAACGCUCGUGGACGACACCAAGGCGAAGCUUUAG